AUGAUAGAUAGGAAACAUAAUCUGAGGAAAAUAGAAAAUAUAAUUUAUACAACCAAAAGUGAUCACAAGAUAGUCAUCCUCAAAAUAGAAUCGGAUAUAGAUUUAAGAAAAAAAAACAAGACAAAAACAAAGAAAAUAGGAAUAAAACAACUAAAUCUUAAACUAGAAAUAACUACUACAGAGGACUAA